AUGGACUCGAUUCUUGUCUUUCCAUUUCCUUAUGAUAUUUAUGUAUGUUUAUGUGAUCAAUCAAGGCAAAAAAAAGAUAUUGAAUUAGUCAUUAAACCUGGUGACAAUGUAUCAGCGUUUAAUCGGCCGUCAAGCGACAGGAACAGCGAAGUUGGAAUUGUUAAGUUUUGUCCAUUGAGUUUUCUUAAAGAUCCAGGAAGUAGCUAUUUAAAAGAUGGCGUCUUUUGUAUUCGUGUAUAUAUUGAUUUUAUGAAUAUGAAAUCAAAGUUGGCGAAAUCGAAAAAUGAGCCGGUGAAUACAAAUGGCUCAGAGUAA